UGCAGCACCCUACAACGAAAGGUAAAUAUAAUGGAAUAAAUUAUUAUUUUGCCAAUUCAUAUCCUGUAGUUGAAUCAGAUAGUCAGCGUUAGCUAGAUACACGUUUAGCUAAUUACCAUGAUGACAUAUAUUGUUUUUUUUACUCAUAAAGGUCACGUGAUGUCCGUGCUAGGUGACCAUGAGUCAUUAAUUUUGUAUUGAAAAUGACCAUACUUGUCUGUGGAAAAUUUACUCUUGAUUUCCAUAGAUUGAACCGGAUUGAAAUGACCAGUUCAUGACAUUACAGCUCGGUCAACCAUGUCUAGACUACAUCACAUGUAUGCCUUUUUGAGAUACCUGAUGAUGGUCCUCAGUGGCGUCAUAUUAACGAGUGGAUUGGUUCUCUUUGGUCUGGGCGUGUGCAUCAGGUACGGGGCGGCCGCUUUUAUCCAGGUGAUGGGCUCCUUGGGCGGCCGGCUGGUGACGGUCAGCUAUGUGUGCAUGGGCAUGGGGACAGUGCUGGGUCUGGUCGGGAUUAUCGGCUGGGUCGGGGCGUGGAAGGAGAAUCGCCGCUUCAUCAUGCUGUAUUUCUGUAUCAUGUCCACGAUGUUUAUGGCUGAGGUGGCUGGGGUCAUCUUCAUGCUGGCGUACCGGGACGAGGUGGAAGGUGCGAUUCGUGGUGCCAGUAAGGAAUCUUUGCGGAUGUCCUAUUUGGGACCGACGGCUAUCGACCCCAUAUCAACGGCCUGGAAUACCAUCAUGGUCCAUUACAAGUGCUGUGGCUUCGACAACUCCACGCUGGACUUCAGCGACUCCGUGUUCAGCGCCCUCACUGGCCUGCUGUACCCGAAGACGUGCUGCGUUGACCAGGAGAGCGCGGCCUGCGACGGCCUGGACACCUCCCGGAGCAUUAUACACCCUGCGAGCUGUAUUACCAAACUAAUCACCAUGAUCCGUGACCAGAGCGUCGUCUUCGGAUCCAUCAUUUCUGGCAUUUUGGUCUCAGAGUUAGCGUCCAUGAUCGUGUCAGUGGUGUUGUAUGUCCGAUUGGGCAGCAUUUACUGAUAGACCGGCAGUCAGUCAGAACGGAGCAGGCAGGCUAGU